AAAAGAGACGAGAAAUAAAGAAAUAAAGAAUUCAAGAAAUGAAGAAACAAGAAUGGCGCGCGGCUUUCCAUAAUAAAAUCAAGGAAGUCUUCACUACUAUCACUAGUUCCUCUCAGAAAAUGGAAAAGGGAGAAAAAGAACUAGAAGAAAUCACUGAAGAGCAGAGAAAUCGGGCCGAAGCCAAUCGUCUUGCCGCCUUGGCAAAGCGCAAAACCCGACUCACCGAAACCAAUCAGAAUUCUUGGAAGCUUUUCAAAUGCAGAAAGCUCUCCGAUAAUGUUCCUUUCCGUAAGCCUCCCGUUAACCCUAGUCCUCCACCCCAAAGGUUUAGGGCCAGCCUUGAAAUUUGCUCGUCCGACUCAUUCUGUGUUACUCCCGCGCCCUUGGAAGGGUUUACUUAUCCCGGUGAAAGUAAUUGUUUGGAGAUACUCAGAGAUUGCCUCUCAUCUGUGCCGCUGUCGCAUUGCACUCAAACAACUGCUGGGGGAAAGGCUUGUGUCUAUCAACUUAGAGACUAUGAAGCAGUUCUGAGGUCUCUAAAGAACUCUAGAAGCAUUGAAUGUGAAGAGAUUCCUUGGGGAACAUUCAAUGUAGUCGAGAGGCUUUCUAAUUACUCCUCCGCAGGUCGAUGGAUACCUUGUAGGCCGGAGCAUCUUCCUGAUGAGAAGGUUGAUGAGUUGAUCAGAAAACUUCCUAAGAGAUUGUUGGAUAGACUUCAUCCUUUUCAGCUUGAGGGUGUUCGAUUUGGAUUGAGAAGGGGUGGUCGAUGUCUCAUUGCAGAUGAAAUGGGACUAGGGAAAACUCUCCAGGCUAUCACCAUUGCUAGUUCUUUCAUGGAUGAAGGUCCUUUGCUCAUUGUUUGCCCCGCUAUUUUGAGAUAUUCAUGGGCUGAAGAACUGGAGCGCUGGCUUCCUUGUUUACCUUCUGAUAUUCAUCUGGUUUUUGGUCACCAAGACAAUCCUGCACGUUUACCUAAAUGUCCAAGAGUUGUGGUGACAUCAUAUACGAUGCUUCGUCGUUUGAGGAAAAGUAUGUUGGAACAAGAAUGGGCCACCUUGGUUGUGGAUGAAUCACAUAAUUUGCGUUGCACAAAGAAAGCAAGUGAAACUGAAGAGAUAACAACCGUUCUCGAUGUUGCGGCAAAGGCCAAGCAUUUGAUUCUAUUAUCGGGGACUCCAUCUUUGUCAAGACCUUAUGACAUUUUUCAUCAGAUAAAUAUCUUAUGGCGUGGUUUACUUGGAAAGACUAAGUAUGACUUUGCAAAGACUUACUGCAACGUUAGACUUGUUCAUGGUUGCCAAGGGAAGGUUUUCCAGGAUUUCUCAAAGGGGGUUCGCUUGGAGGAGUUAAAUGUGUUACUGAAGCAAAGUGUAAUGAUACGCCGUUUGAAGGAGCAUGUGCUUUUGCAGUUACCGCCCUUGCGUCGCCAAAUUAUAAGUUUGACUUUAAAUAAAUCAGAUAUUUCUCAAGCUGUGGCUACCUAUAACUUGUUGAAAGGCAGAACAUCUGGGAACAGUGGUGCUAAAGAGGCUGGAGGUGUAACCAAUGGUGACUUAUGUGCUAAAGAUAUAGAGAAAGCUUUUGAGAAUCUAAAGUUUGUUGCUGAAGAUGUGCAAGUGGAGAGUCCCGAAGGAGUUGAUGAUGAUACUGGCUGUUGCGGACGUUUAAGAGAGCUCUAUGACGAAGCGCUUGGCCUGGCAAAGUUGCCAGGAUUCUAUGAGUGGCUCAAAAUACAUCCAAUCAUUAAAGAAUUGGAUGGUGAAGAAACGAUGGAAGCAAGCUGCAGUUGUCAUAAAAUGAUAAUAUUUGCUCAUCACCAUAUAGUUCUUGAUGGUGUACAGGAGUUUCUUUGUCAGAAAGCUAUUGAUUAUAUCCGCAUUGAUGCAAAUGCAUCACCCGGUGAUAGGCAGUUAGCUAUCCAAUCAUUCCAAUCAGCAAAUGAGGUUAAGAUUGCGCUUGUUGGAAUACUCUCAGGGGGCUCUGGACUUAACUUGACAUCAGCGCAAGAUGUUGUGUUCUUGGAGUUGCCAACGAAACCAGCUCAUAUGCAACAGGCCGAAAGUAGAGCUCAUAGACAAGGGCAAACAAAGGGAGUAAAUGUAUAUAUUUUUAUUGGAAAGGAUACUUCAGAUGAGUCUCGAUGGCAAGCUCUUAAUAAGAGUUUGCGUAAAGUUUCAUCUACAAUGGAUGGGAAGUAUGAUGCUUUACAGGCAAUAGAGGUUGCUGAUGUUUCGUACCUUGAGGAAUUGGAUGUCGGAGAAAAGAAGAGUGAGCAUUUAACAACUGAGAAUGCUGGUGAAGUUGCUGGAGCAAAACCAACUGUAACUGAAGUCCAACACAUUCAACUAGAUUUAUAUCCUUCUGAAGCUCAUCAUGAUACCUACAGGAUUGAUGAUAAGCAGGAGGGAACUAGCUCAUUCUUAUCGAAAUCAGACCUCCAUUAUACGCCCACUACCUCCACCAUAGGGCAUGAAGAAUCGUCUUGCAGAGCUGAGGUUUUGGAUGAUGAUUUUAGUUCUUUGCAUUGUAUAGAUGUUAAUGAAGCCAAAAAUCAGGACUUAUGCGAUGAGUGUAAAGGUGCGUCCCCUGAACUAGAAGUAAAUGGUGACAUACUUGUAACAAGCUGUUCUAUCCAAGUAGAGUCGCUCCGUUUUGAGGUCAGCCAAUAUACAGGAAGGAUUCACCUGUACUCUUGUAUUCCUGGAAUUGAUUCCAGGCCAAAACCACUUUUUAAGAAUUUCCGGCCAGAGGAAAUUGAUGUAAAACUGCUCCCUCUUGAGGAAGUUGAGAAAACAGCUUAUAAUAAUAUCAAUGAUGAUAUGCGUUGUCAGUACGCUCUAGUAGAAUUCCUCAAAGAAUGGUUGAAGUUGACUGCUAUUGAACGAAGGAAACUAAUUGGAAAGGCCUUGCAACUUCCGUUAAGUGUUGAGUUGUCCUAUUUAAAUGAAAACCUUAACCACGAUAAUGGGGGACUGCUGAGAGGUAGAAGUAGGAGGAGGACUACACCGUUGCACGAAAUUAGCUAUCCGUUACCACCAAAUGCUGUCUGGAGGAAGAUCCAUCUUUGUAAUGGGAAAGGGAAACAAGAGAAAAUAUACAUGCAGGGUUGGUCCGACAAGGAUGAACCACUCUGCAAGCUCUGUCAAACUCCUUGCAGGAAUAGAAAUGCUAAAACUCCUGACUACUUUGAGGAUCUCUUCUGUAGCUUGAACUGCAGCGAGGAGUAUCACCUUAGAACUAAUAAUAGAUCAAUUCGUAAUGCGCUUUUCGAAAAUGAGCGUGGCAUUUGCACAAACUGCCAACUAGACUGCCACAAACUUGUGGAGCGCAUCAGACCGUUGUCAUUUGAGAGUCGUGAAGAGUAUAUCAUCAAAGUAGCCCCAAAUUUGGCAAAGCGUAAGAAACUAUUUCGAAAGCUUGUUCAGGACCCUAUUGAUGGCAAUGCAUGGCAUGCGGAUCACAUUGUACCUGUAUAUAAAGGGGGAGGUGAAUGUAGGAUAGAGAACAUGAGGACACUAUGUGUUGCGUGUCAUGCUGAUGUCACUGCUGCACAACAUUCAGAACGGCGUUUGACUAGACUUGUGGCAAAGAAGAAACUCAAAGCGGUCAUAAGUAACCUCAAAAGUAUAAAAAACCCCAAGCAGAAAGUGAAUGAACCAGAGGGUUCACGGCAUUCUGACAUUGAAGAGAACAAGGAUGAGGAUGAACUUCUGGUGAAUGUUCCAGGAAGUGCAUAUUCUAUUAGCACUGCAAGUCUAGAACGAGGAGAUUCAGAAUUAAAAACUAGCGCCAAUGAUGUCUUGGGUGAGGCGUGUCAUAAUGACGUGCUGCCCACUACAUAGAGCUUACCUCAGUCAUGACGAGAACUAACUGUAAAAUUUUUGGGAUGUAAAUACAUUAUUUUCUAGAAGAAAUGCGGAAAUGUGAGUGGCUUUCUGGAUACUUGUGAUCUAUUUUAUUAUCCGAUCAGAAUUGGUUAACCAAUCGUGCUUUGGGGCGCAUUUUGGGAAAUUUUCUAAGUGAUUUUGCUGUAUAUUA